AUGAUUUUUCGUCCCAUGGAGCGGUGGGGUGGGAUGGGAUGUAAUUGUCCCAUUCUACGCGGAGCUCGGAUAGGUGUCAUUGAUUUCAUUGAAGAUGCUGAUAAAUCAGCAGCAAAUAUUUAUGAAAUUCUCAAGGCUACGAUUAAAAAAGCUGGUUUACAUUUAGAAGGUCUUACGUUCAUUGGAGCAGACAAUACCAACGUUAACAUGGGUAAUAAUUACAAUGUCUACUCAUUACUUCAUGAUAUUGAAAAUCUCAUAAAAGAUAAAAAUCAUUGGCCACCGAACAGUCCAGAUUUAAAUCCACUGAACUAUUGCAUCUGGGAUGAAUUUGCGCAAUGUGUUAGCUGGGAGAAAGUAACAUCGAAACCUACACUAGUUGAUGAAUUAAAACGAGCAGUCAAAAAAAUUCGACAGGAUGUUGUCUUACAAAGUUGUUCAUCUUGGACUGUUCGUUUACGAUGUGUUUUAGAAAAUGAUGGACGUUGUUUAAAAAAAUAA